AUGUCACUCAAGCAGGAAAUCGAAACGUGGGUCCACGCGUUGGAUGCCUAUGACAACCAGGAAUUUGAAGAGGCAUUACGACAGUUUGACCAAAUCGCCGAUACCUCGAAGAUCCUUUUCAAUUGUGGCGUGAUAUAUGCAACCCUCGGCGAGCAUGAUAAAGCAGUGGAAUGUUAUCAGCGAGCUGUCGGCUUGGAUCGGUACCUCGCCAUUGCGUACUUCCAGCAGGGCGUCUCGAAUUUCCUGCUGGGUGAUUUCGAAGAAGCCUUGGCUAAUUUCAACGACACUUUACUGUAUCUCCGAGGGAAUACAUCAAUUGACUAUGAGCAGCUCGGUCUCAAGUUUCGGCUGUACUCCUGCGAGGUGCUGUUCAACCGUGGUCUCUGCUACGUCUACCUCCGACAGAUGGGCCCUGGAAUGCAAGACUUGGAGUACGCAGGAAAGGAGAAGGUCACGACAGAUCAUGAUGUGAUCGAUGAUGCCAUACGUGAGAAUGCAGAGGGAUACACCGUGUUCUCCAUCCCGGUGGGUGUCUUGUAUCGUCCCAAUGCCGCCAAAGUCAAAAAUCUCAAAACCAAGGAUUACCUGGGCAAGGCCAGACUCAUUGCUGCAGCUGAUCGCACACAAGGAGCAGACUCUCAAUGGAAACCCAUGGUUAUGGAUAAAAUAGCUCUCGAUGAUCGCGAAGGGAUAUCCUUUGCCGCUACCAACCUGGUCCACAAGAACUUGAGCAGCCGCACUCGUCAACAAUCAGAACCACCAUUGAACCGCAACGUGUUCCCACCCACCCCGCCACCAGAUGACCGAUCAACAUACGGAUCCACCGCAGGAGGAUCAUCACACCACCGAUCAUCAUCUCUCCGAGCAGCCCGGCCACCUCGACUAGAUCUAGACCGAACAGGGGCGGGCUUGGAUCGUCGAUCGGGACAGGAAGAGAAUGGGCAUUCAGCUCUAGAGAAACCACGAAUCGGCACCACACGAACUGCAUCCGAGCCCCGAGGACCAGCUCUAAGGCAUCAGAAUAUGCGAGGCUUUGCCCAAGAUCCUGGUCGAGGACACUGGUCUCGCGACUCGGGAGGUCACCGACGCAAUCUCAGUGACACCAGUUGUGUGACAGACCCCAACCUCCCCCAGACAGAACCUUUCAAUACAUAUGCAAGCCCCCAAAGCUUCUCGAACGCAGGCUGGGGCCGUGGAGGCCGACACCAGCCACCACAAUUCAUUGACGAAGAAGAGGAGUACGGCAGCGACGUGUGCGACGGUGAGCCUCUAAAUGAUGGUGGUUUCGAGAUAAUCGUAACCGCUCCAGGAGGGCCCGGGUCGUCCCCGUCACAACAAAGACGUACGCGAUCACCGGCGCGAUUUUCACGACGCGCCAAUUCACGAAGACCUGAAGUCCGACGUUUCCGCACAAAGGUGCAUGCUCCAGAUGACAUUCGGUAUAUUAUGAUCGGACCGACGGUGGUAUUUCCCGAAUUUGAGAAUCGAAUUCGAGAGAAGUUCGGCUUCCAGUGUCCGUUGAAGAUGAAGGUGCAGGAUGACGGCGAUAUGAUUACUAUGGUGGACCAAGAGGAUCUGGAUUUGCUGCUCAGCUCGGCCCGAGAGGUUGCUCGGAGGGAAGGGAGUGAGAUGGGCAAGAUGGAGGUCUGGGUGGAAGAGCGGUCCAUGAUCUAG